CUGUUGCCAGCUCUUGACACCUUCCACACUUCGAGCAAUCUCUCCGGUAUUUUAUCUUUGCUGAAUUUUUUUUUCUCCCCCAGCUCAGUGCAACCUUUGUUGAAAUGUGCAUUGUAACAGAAGACCAAUUGCAUGUGUCUUUCCCCACGCUAGGCGCCCUGUGUUUGUAUGAGAUGUCAUCGCAUUGCAUCAGAUCUGAGCUCAGGUUUGCAUGCUGUUUCUUUCACCCUGAAAACCCAUGCUAACAGAUCCUCAACACAGGAUAAUUGUAUUGGAGCGAAGCUGUUCAGAUAUUGGUUGCCUGUCAGCAAAGACGGAGGGUUAUGCCUGAUUGAAAUAGCUGCGGCUAAUGGAACUGCUAAUCGAUCACAGAAAUAUGUAUCUGAACCCUCGUCUGAGGUUGUGUUUGGACCCACGUUCCUGGGAGGUGUGCCAUUUCUUUCCAAGCUGCAUGGUAACAUAGGCUCUGGUAUUGUGGGCUGCAUCAUGGAGCUUCAGGUCAACUCUAGAGAAUUGCAUAUAAUGGAAGAGGCUCAUCGAGGCCAAAACAUCCACAACUGUGAUACACCAGUGUGUCAGCACCAACCAUGCCAAAAUGGUGGCAGAUGCAUCAGGUAUGCAUCCACUGUUCAUCUGCUCCUUCGAAUUGUCCCUGACCCUUCUUUAGACAAUUAAACAGUGCAAUUUGCACCAUAUGACAAAGUAGUGUCUCCACCUCACGCUCAAGCAUCCUUUACUGCUAAUUAAUUGAUAAAGGAUCCAAAACUGUCAGGUGGUCAUGAGGGUAAAAAAGAUAUGGCAGCAAUGUGUACAAGCCCCAGCGGUAGCUGCUGCCUCUGUACUAUUGAGCUGAA